ACCUCUCACCUCACAGUUACCUUACUUUUGGCUUCCAUUCAGUUCAAAACAAUGGCUUCCAAAGCUACUGCCUCUCUCGCCUUACUCCUCGCUCUCAAUCUUUUCUUCUUCUCCCUCGUCUCGGCCUGUGGUGACUGCUACCCUAACCCCACACCUUCCCCUGAGGAUGGAAAAUGCCCUAAAGACACUCUUAAACUAGGAGUUUGUGCCAAAUUGCUCGGCGGUCUCGUCGAUGCAACCAUCGGCAAGCCACCCGUGACUCCCUGCUGCAGUCUGAUCAAUGGCCUAGUUGAUCUUGAAGCUGCUGUGUGUCUUUGCACUGCCCUUAAAGCCAAUGUGUUAGGAAAGGACCUCAACAUCCCCAUCUCCCUCAGCUUGCUUCUCAAUGCCUGCGGCAAGAAAGUUCCCAAUGGAUUCCAGUGCUAAUUUACCAUCUUU